AAAUAUCAUUUGAUCGUAUAUAAUUUCAUAAGAUAUUUAGUAGUGAUAAUUAAAUUUCUAGUAGCAAUGACUUUCAAGUCAUUUGUUUUAACCAUUGCCAUAAUGGCUGUUUUAUUUUCAUUGAGCCAUGCAUCUGAUCCCAGCCCUCUUCAGGAUUUUUGUGUAGCUGUUAAUGACUCCAAAAAUGCUGUUUUCGUGAAUGGAAAAUUUUGCAAGAAUCCAAUGGAUGUCAAUGCUGAUGACUUCUUUAGGCCCGGGCUAAACCUGGCUGGAAACACUUCAAAUCAACUUGGAUCUGCUGUAACUGCGGUUAACGUCAACAACUUGGCAGGACUCAACACUUUGGGCAUUUCUUUAGCUCGUAUUGAUUUUGCACCCUAUGGUCUGAACCCACCUCAUACUCACCCCCGAGCAACUGAAGUUCUUGCUCUCUUCGAGGGUACGCUCUACGUUGGAUUUGUCCUUUCAAACCCUGGUCCAAAUAUGAAGAACAAACUCUUUACAAAAAUCUUGCAUCCUGGAGAUGUGUUUGUUUUCCCAGUAGGUCUAAUUCAUUUCCAAUUUAACGUGGGAAAGACUGAUGCAGUUGCAUUUGCUGGACUCAGUAGCCAAAAUCCAGGAGUCAUUACUAUUGCAAAUGCAGUAUUUGGUUCAGAUCCACCAAUCAAUGAUGAUGUUCUUGCAAAAGCAUUCCAAAUUGAUAAAAAAGUUGUGGAUUACCUCCAGUCACAAUUCUGGUGGGACAACAACUAAAUAAUACGUUAAGUAUUUUAAAAAAUAUAUAGUACUAUAUGGUUUUGUUGACUGCAAAAUUACUAAAUAAGUAUUGAUCAUGUAGACUGGUACUUUAAUUUCCUCUCCAUUUUAGUGUGUGAUGUAUUGGAUGAGGAUAUAUGUUAUGUGUGGUUUGUUAUAUGGAAUAAAAAUAAUUUAUUGUUUGUGA